CCCGCGUGCGAUUGACGCGAGUUACCCUGUUUCCCACCAAUCUCAAAGUAUAACUCCACACGAGGCUGAGACAUAUACUCUGAUGUCACCGUCACCACGCAGAUAAGCAGAAAAACGAGCAUAAGACUCAGGAAACAAUGUGGUUCCCAUCCCUCGUUCAAAUCCUCUACCUCCUCUUCCUCGGCGCCCAAGUCUAUGGUCUCUUCCUGCACUUCCUAAACCCAUCCACGGGACUCGUGAACUCGACGCGCAACCUCCAGAUCAAGAGCCUCUCUUUCCUCGCCUUUUUGAUCUCUUUUCCUUCAAUCUUUGCAACCAGUCUCCCCACCGCAGUCUCUCAUUCCACAAACACUGGACUCUUGCAUCUAUUAUCCUGGGUCUUCUUGGCAGGAAGCACGGCGCUAUACGCGUGGUGCUGUGAAAUCACCGGUCAAGGCCAUCUAUCCGUCAUCUUUGGCAAAGUCACACCGAAAGAAGUCAUCAACACCGGCCCUUACGCUUUGGUGCGCCAUCCAGUCUAUGUAUCGUAUAUAUUGGGAUGGUUGGGUUCUUUGAUUGCCAUGCAGCAAGAAUGGAGACACAACCAUGCCUUCUUUGGUUUCAUCAGAAUGGUGGGAAUGGGUGUUACUAUCAUGGGGCUGGUCGGGUUGUAUCGGGAAGGCGCUGAGUUGGAGGAGAGACAAUUUAUGUUGAAUGAAGAUGUUGUCAAGGGAGAGACUGUGGAGUUGGGGGUCAGGAGGAAGUAUGAGAGUUAUAAGAGUGUUGUGGGUGCUAGGUGGAUUCCUGGUAUCAUUUGAUCGGACGACGGAAAGGAGAGAUUGAGUUCAAAGCAGGCAGUCGACUCGCUUGGUUCCUGCCUUGGUUCGAGUGUUAUUGUGGUCUUUCUUUGACCUUUCACAGCGAUACAAAGUCGCAGAUGGGUUAGCUAAUGGCACAAUUGUAUACCAAACCUACAAACACGUCAACAGAGGCUGUGGGCAGAUGCCUCUGGAUAUAAAG